AUGGGCUGCUCUCAGUCUGUUGAUGCGGCGGCUGCGGCGGAUACGCGCGUGUCGCAGGCUAUCGAGGAGGAACUGAAGCGUGCGAGGAGGGAGGAGGCGAUGGAGACCAAGUGCUUGCUACUCGGGCCUGGCGAGUCAGGCAAGAGCACCAUCGUCAAACAAAUGCGCCUAGUCUACUCCUCCCCCUACACGACCGCCGAACUCCUCUCCUUCCGCGAAACGAUCUUCUCGAACCUGCUCCAAUCCGCCCAAUCGCUCCUCUCGUCCUUCUCCGCACUCAAGAUCCGUCUGCCCGCCGACGUGAAGGAGGAAACGAGGUGGUUGAGGGAGGUGGAUGAGACGGAGGAGGUUGUGGAUCCUGAAACGGGAGGUCUGAGGAGUGAGGCUGCGCAGGCGUUGGGGAGGUUGUGGGAGGCGGAGGGGACGAAGGAGGCGAUGAGACGGAGCGCAGAGUUCCAGCUCAACGACUCGGCAGAAUACUUCUUCACCCACCUCGCGCGAAUCGCUUCCCCCUCCUACCUCCCGACAGAAGAAGACGUCCUCCGCACCCGCGUGCGGUCAAUAGGUGUCGUCGAACAGACUUUCGAGGUGCUCAAGGGGAGGAAGUUGAGAGUAGUGGAUGUCGGUGGGCAGAGGAGCGAGAGGAAGAAGUGGGUACAUCAGUUCGAGAACAUCGGCAUGCUACUGUACGCUCUCUCCUGCCCGUCCUUCCCCGAGCAGCCGAGACCGACCCUCAUCGUUGGGCGCAGAUUCGUCGUCGCCGUCUCGGAGUACAACCAAACGCUGUUCGAAGACUCACGCCAGAACCGACUAGACGAGUCGCUCGAGCUGUGGGAGAUGAUUAGCGCGAGUCGGUGGUUCAGGAGGUCGACGUUUGUGUUGUUCCUGAACAAGACGGACAUCUUUGAGCGCAAGAUCCUGUCCGGCUUCGCACCGCUCGCCGCCUCCGUGCCCAACUAUCGCGGCCCUCCCUCGAACGUCGCCGCCGCGAAAUCCUACAUGCUCGACACCUUCACCGCGCUCUACAAGCAACACACGCCCGAGCGAGCGUUGUUUGCGCACUUUACGCAGGCGACGGACAAGGUCUCGACGCAGGUCGUGUUGGGGGCGGUCAUGACGGGCGUGUUGACGAGUACUUUGCAGGAGAUGGGUCUGCUGUAG